GCACAUCGGCAGAGCCUGGCAAGGAGCACAUCCCUGGGUACACCAGCUGUCUGCCCACUACAGAGAUGGUGCAAAGGACUCUCUUCCUCCUGGUGCUCAGCCUGGCCCUGGUGGCUCCCAGCCUCUCUGUGAGAAAGUGCGUGCUGACCGGGCGCUGGACCAAUGACCUGGGUUCCAACAUGACUAUUGAGGCUGUGAACAAAGAAGGCAACUUCGCUGGCUCUUACCACACUGCUGUGACUAGCACCAUGAACGAGAUCCAGCUGUCACCACUGCAGGGGUCCCAGCACCGUACGAACGGGAAGAGCCAGCCCACCUUCGGCUUCACAGUCAACUGGAGCUUUUCAGACUCCGUCACUGUCUUUGUGGGCCAGUGUUUUGUUGACAAGGAGGGAAGGGAGGUUUUGAAGACCAUGUGGCUCCUGCGGUCACAUGUGGAUAGCAUCAGGGAUGACUGGAAAGCCACCAGGGUUGGCACCAACGUCUUCACCCGUCUGCAGCCACAGAAGGAGUGAGGGUGGCAGUGCAGGGGUUCCUGAGCUGGCAGCAGCACCAGGGGUGCUGACCCCCUCCUCCUGCCCCACUACCUGCUUCUCCCAAUAAAGCUUUGCUGCAAC